AUGGUGUUUACAAAACAAAAUGUUCAUAGCAUAAAUAAUCAGAAUCGAUGCACUGCUUUUGCCAAGUCUUACCCAUUUACUGACAUUAAAGGUAACAAGUUACCACUGCACCAGGCCCAACUUACUUGUGUUGAAGCAGCAGCACCUCUAAGAGAAUGCUACCAAACUGAAGUACCAUCAAGAGAAGCCCAGCUACUGACUCUGCAGACCACUAAGGAAUUUGAUGUCCUGGUUGUAGGUGGAGGAGCAACUGGAUGUGGCUGUGCCCUAGAUGCCGUUACAAGGGGACUUAAAACAGCCCUCAUUGAGAGAGAUGAUUUCUCAUCGGGCACCAGUAGUAGAAGUACAAAACUGAUACAUGGUGGAGUAAGAUAUCUGCAGACAGCCAUUAUGAAGUUAGAUCUUGAGCAGUACAGACUGGUAAAAGAAGCUCUACAUGAACGUGCUAACCUUUUGGAGAUUGCACCUCAUCUGUCUGCACCACUGCCUAUUAUGCUCCCAGUUUAUAAAUGGUGGCAGUUACCUUAUUACUGGGUAGGAAUUAAAGUGUACGACCUUGUUGCUGGAAGCCAGUGUCUGAAAACCAGUUACAUUCUUAGUAAAUCGAAAUCUCUGGAACUGUUUCCUAUGCUAAAAAAGGACAAACUUGUUGGUGCAAUUGUUUACUAUGAUGGACAACACAAUGAUGCACGAAUGAACCUUGCCAUUGCCCUUACUGCUGCCAGGUAUGGUGCUGCCACAGCAAAUUACAUUGAAGCAGUGCGCUUAUUGAAGAAAAUAGAUCCAGAGACCAGGCAGGAGCGAGUAUGUGGUGCACGAUGCAGGGAUGUUAUAACAGGGCAGGAAUUUGAUGUCAAAGCCAAAUGUGUUAUCAAUGCCACGGGACCUUUCACAGACUCGCUACGUAAAAUGGAUGAUCAGGAAAUCCAAAACAUCUGUCAGCCCAGUGCUGGUGUACACAUUGUGAUGCCUGGCUAUUACAGCCCUGACAACAUGGGAUUGCUUGACCCAGCAACCAGUGAUGGACGUGUUAUCUUUUUUCUUCCUUGGGCAAAAAUGACUAUAGCUGGAACUACAGAUACUCCUACAGAUGUAACUCCUCAUCCCAGUCCUAGAGAGGAAGACAUAAACUUCAUUUUAACUGAAGUCCGCAACUACCUGAGCCAUGAUGUUGAAGUAAGAAGAGGAGAUGUUCUUGCAGCCUGGAGUGGCAUUCGUCCCCUUGUCACAGAUCCCAGUUCUAAGGAUACCCAAUCCAUUUCUCGUAAUCAUGUGGUGGAGGUUAGCAAAACUGGGCUUAUUACUAUAGCAGGUGGAAAAUGGACAACAUAUCGUUCAAUGGCAGCAGACACCAUAGAUGCUGCAGUGAAUAUAUUUGGUUUUAAAGCAGGCCCAAGCAGAACUGUCGGCCUUUUGCUAGAAGGAGCUAAGGACUGGACACCUACACUACACAUUCGAUUAGUCCAGGACUAUGGUCUUGAGAGUGAAGUUGCUCAGCAUUUGGCAUUAACUUACGGGGAUAAAGCCUUUGAGGUGGCAAAAAUGGCUCGUGUUACUGGAAAGAGGUGGCCUGUUGUUGGGAAGCGGCUAGUAUCUGAAUUUCCUUACAUUGAAGCAGAGGUUAAGUAUGCUCUAAAAGAAUAUGCUUGUACAGCUAUUGAUGUCAUUGCUCGCCGUACACGACUAGCUUUCCUGAAUGUCCAAGCAGCUGAUGAAGCAUUACCGAAAGUUGUCGAUAUAAUGGGAAAAGAGCUAAACUGGAGUGAACAAAAGAAACGUGAAGAACUAAAAGCUGCUAAGGAAUUUCUGUACCAUGAAAUGGGCUAUAAGACACGUUCAGAGCAACUAACAGAUCGUUCAGAAAUAUCAUUGUCCCCUGCAGAAGUUGACAGGUACAAGAAGAGAUUUCACAAAUUUGAUAAAGAGAAAAAAGGUUUUAUCACCACUGUUGAUGUUCAGCGAGUAUUAGAGACUAUAUCUGUUCAGCUAGAUGAAAAGACGCUCCAUGAAAUUUUAAAUGAAGUGGAUUUGAAUAAAAAUGGCCAAAUUGAACUCAAUGAGUUUCUCCAGUUAAUGAGUGCCAUUCAGAAAGGCUCUGUAUCUGGAAGCAGACUGGCUAUCCUGAUGAAGACUGCUGAAGAAAACAUGGAUCAGAGAGAACCUAUAUCAGUGGAUCGUAGUGGUGGGGGAGUGUGAACAUUUGCUGAAGUAUAUGUCAAAAAAUCAAAAUAAUUUAAGCAGAGAACUGCAGAAAUUACUGCAAAUGUUUUUUUCCAGACAACAGGCACAUGUGUGCUUUUAAAGAGCCGUCAGUUUCAAGCAUUGCAUGCAAUAUGUGGAUUAACCAGAAUUCACUAAAAAUGCUUUACCUCCCCAAAAUGUAAUUUCUUGGUCAUUCCAUUAAAUUCUAUUACAGAAAUCCAUUUUAUAUAAAAAAAAAGAAAAAAAAUGUCGCCCUCUAUUGUUGCAAUCUCUUGUAUUAAUUUAACUUUAAAACAUUCAUGUAGUUGCUUAUCAAACCUACUUGUUGACAUGUUGUGGCUCUGUCGCAAUCAAAAAAUUGUUGGAGAAAAAGUAGUGCUAAUUUUGGAGUGUUGAUGUGGGUUUUGUCAAGUUGUGUUGAGGCAUCUUAGUCAUCAGGUAUUCUAUUAUUUGUGCAUUUGUACAAACACAUACUCAGAGAUAUAUUUGUCUGUCUGUGUGCGUGUAUAUAGGUGUA